CGCCACUUCCGGCCUUUCGAACCGCCAUGGCGGGAGCGGGUGGCGGGCGGCGCUCGGCGGGGGCGACCCCGACGGGGACUCGGGGCAGCUCCCUGCGCUCGGCGGUCUCGGAACCGCGGGGGGGCCGGAACCCCCGGAACCGCAGCCCCGACUUUGAGCGACCCCGACGGAGCCCCCGGCUGCAGAGCCAGAAGGAGAACGGCCCCUCCCCCUCCUGUGCCCCCUCCCCCUCCUGUGCUGCCCCCCCCUGCCCCUCCCCCCCACCCUCCCCCCUCCCCUCCCCCCUCCCCCGUGUCCGUCGCUCCUACAGCCGCC